AUGGAGUCGACUGUUAGCACGGCCCUGUGGGGCAGCAACUACACAGCCGAAGACUCCAGGCCAAGCUUCGCCGACCAGCUGGUGACUCCCUCACCUGUUGUGCCGAGGGUUGUUUCCAUUGUGACCAGCCUAGUAACCGCCACCGCAGAGGCCACAGUGGGAACCACAGGAAACCUAUCGGCCUUCAGAGACGAAAGAGGGAACAAGCUCAGUCAGACCCACCAGGCAUCGACCCCGUCACUGCUGAGUACCGCAGAGGGCAACACUUUCCUGCAGGGCAUCACAGUGGCAGCUCAGGCCCUGGUGCUCCUCUCCAUCUUCCUUCUCUCUUGCCUCGGUAACUUUGCAGUAGUCAUCGUUAUCAUCAAACACAGGCAACUUCGAACGGUGACCAACGCCUUCAUCAUGUCGCUGUCACUGUCCGACUUCCUCACAGCUGUUCUAUGUCUGCCGUUCUCCUUCGUCAUGCUCUUCAGUAAGGACGGCAUCUGGAUGUUCGGGGAUCAUUUCUGUGUGGCCAAUGGCUUUUUCAAUACCUGCUUUGGUAUCAUUUCCACCCUGACUAUGACUUUGAUCUCCUUUGACAGGUACUAUGCCAUAGUUAGACAGCCACAGGCUAAAAUAGGGCGCCAGAAAGCAACUCAGUUGUUGAUAGCUGUGUGGGUGAUUGCUGUCAUUUUCUCUUUGCCUUGGUAUCUACUAGUUCGGACACCUAUAGAAAUCCAUAAGAGAGGGUUCUACCAUUGUAUGUAUGUGUUCCACUCUGGGACUUCACGCAUGGGGACGUCUUACAGCAUCUGUCUGAUCGUUAUUUGUUAUUUACUGCCCUUCUCCCUCAUGUGUUUUUGUCAUUAUAACAUCUGUAAGACAGUGCGGCUCUCAGAGAUCCGAGUCAGGCCAGUGACCACAUACGCUUACUUAUUGCGAUUUUACAGUGAAAUGAGAACAGCCACCACAGUUCUCAUUAUGAUUGUUUUCAUAAUUUUUUGUUGGGGGCCAUAUUGUUUAAUGGGGUUGGUUACAGCAAUUGGAGACUACAAAUUUAACCCUGCAAUGGACACAGUGGCCAUCUGGUUCGCCUGGGCAAAUGGAGCCAUCAAUCCUAUGAUCUACGCCCUGAGAAACCCCAAUAUAUCCAUGUUGCUUGGACGGAGCAGAGAGGAAGGUUAUCGGACCAGAAACAUUGCUACGUAUCUUUCCAGCCAAACCCAGAACCGUGAGAGUCGGCUUAAUCAAGCGGAGAGGAUUAGGGACCGCUACGUAAGUCGCGUGGGGGUGAAUAAUAACAGCCGGAUCUCCAGUUCAAGUCCUGGAAAAGGAGGAGAGGUGGCAAUGUGGGCCUGUAAAAACCCUGCUGUGUUCUUCUGCAGGGACGGCCAGCCUGACACUGCAAGUCUACCCAACUCUGUCAGCACUCAUAAGAUGAAGACAGCUGACACCAGCCUGUGA